GUGUAAGCAUGUUACGACUGUUGAUCUUAACGGGUCUUAUCUUAAGCUCUUAUGCUUCGAAGACACCGAUCAUAGGUGUAUUAAGUCAGGAAACCAGCAGGUCGAGGAACGAUAUAGGGGAAUUCCAACAUAGCUACAUUGCAGCAUCGUAUGUGAAGUUCUUAGAAAGUGCUGGAGCGCGAGUUAUACCAGUCUGGAUUGGCAAAGAUGAUGACUAUUACAAAAAUGUUGUGAACUAUACAAAUGGGGUUCUCUUUCCUGGAGGAGCGGCCUACUUCGACCAAAGAGGAGGAUACAGCGAAGCGGCCAGAAAAUUGUACAACUUGGCAAAAGCCGUGAAUGAACAAGGAACUUACUAUCCCAUCAUUGGAGUUUGUUUAGGCCACGAAGUGUUACCGUAUGCGGAGAAAGGGGAUGACAUCAGAACCCGCUGCGAGCUAAAAGAUGUUGCAGUUCCUCUAAAGUUUGCUGCGGAUUAUGAAAAGAGUAAGAUGUUUUCAAAGGCUCCAGAUGAAAUUAUAAGCAUUCUGAAAACAAAAAAUGUAACGUAUAACUUCCACCAAUGCUGCUUGACAGAAAAAACCUUCAGGCGCCACAAAUUACUACCAGAAUGGAAAAUAACAUCAACCGAUGAAGACAUUAAUGGUAUUGAAUUCAUAUCAUCCAUGGAAAAUACCAGAUACCCAUUUUACGGGACGCAGUUUCAUCCUGAGAAAAACUUGUUUGAGUUCAAGGCAGGCAUUGGAAUACCACAUAGUGUCGAGGCUGUGAAGAUAUCUCAAUACUUCGCGAAUUUCUUCGUGGAGGAAUGUAGGAAGAAUGCAAACAGGUUUCCAGAUCAUGAUUUAGAAAAAAGAACGCUCAUCUAUAACUAUCAGCCGAUUUAUACUGGUAUAAAUGGAUCAGUCUAUGAGCAGAAGUAUGUUUUUGCAAAGAGUGAUUCAGAAAAAUCAGAAUUAUGAAUGUUUUAUUGUUAUUGUGAUAUUUUGAUCGAAGUUCCAGCUCGUCUAGUUAAUAAACGACAGCUGUUUUCUGUAACCUCUGAUAAGCUCUACAUUCUAGGCAUAAAUUUCUUCCUGAUAGUCAUAUAAUAUAGUUAUGCCCUUACCCG